GCGGGUGGUGGGGGAAAACGACGAACGAAACAACGAUAAGAAAACAGUUUUGUUACUUUUCCUUGCGAUUAAUUUGUGUCAUUUUCUGAAUAUUUCGGCGUGAUAGCAGCGCAAUGCGUUCAACGUGACCCGCCUAAGGUCCGUGUUAUCCAGCGGCGUCGGAAUUUGCAGCGAUGGAGGACGCUCAGGGUGAAAAUCGGCCCCUAAAGCCCGUCAACGGUUACGCACCGGACUGUCCACCAUCAAAUAACCCAGACAUUAAAACGGCCAAAAUAUGCAUAAUUCGGGACAAUGAGGUGCGCGACGAUCCCGUGCAUGAAGCUGCCAAGAAAUACUGUGACUUGGUCAAAUUUUCUCGAGAUGGGUCGGAGCUGCUUGAUUUGGAGACUGUCUACAUAGUGGAUGAUUUUGAGGGUCCUGUUUUUAACAGUCUGAGAAACAGGAAGUGCCGAAUUUUGGGACCAACUGCUCUGAUUCAGUACGCACAGAACGAUGAACCGCUGCCCACCAGAUACACAAAAUAUCCAACCUACUGUCUUCACAUGAGAGGAGCUACGGUUUGCUUCAGUUGGUUCAGAGAUAGAAUAGAAAUGGACAGGAUGGCAAAAGAAGUUUACCGCAUGGGAGGGAGCUUGCAGAGAGACAUGAGCAAACUGACCACACACCUCAUAGCAGCUCGUUGUUCCGGCGAAAAGUACCAGUAUGCGAACACAUUCCGCGUACCCAUUGUUAGUGUUGACUGGCUUCAUGACAUUUACGAGCAACGCAAUGACCCGAAAGCGCUCAACGCCACUGACCCCUUGGUUGUGCAGCAGUACAAACUGAAACCCUUUACCGGCGCCAGGAUUUGCUUCUUUGGCUUUCCUGACGAGGAGAAAAAACACAUGGAGGCUGUCCUGAUAGAAAACUGUGGCACUUUGGUUGACAUUGAUGACUCGUCCUGUACACAUGUGGUUGUUGAAGAAGGCACAGUUCCCGACAUAAAUGAGCUCCAAGGUCAUUGCAACGUUGUAAAAGCCGAAUGGUUUUGGUUGUCGGUCCAAAAGGAAAGUUGUGUCGACGAAGCUGAAUAUAUUUUGGAGCAAGCACAACAUAUUGGGAGCAACGGCGACCACACACCUCUUUCCUCCACACCCCUUUCUCACUCUUACACUAGUUCUGCAAGAAGGAAAAGAAAGCGUCUUGGAUUCCACGCAAGACAAAGUGGUGCCAGCAUUACUAGUGAACUCCUGGACGCUACUUAUUCCCCUACAACUCGAUUGAGCCUGAGCGCAUCCAUUUUAGACAGCACAGCCAGUCCCGAGCCAGGUGCUUCAGUUCCAGACACAGCCAAUUUAGUUGCUUCCCCUGCACCCCUUGCAGCUCCCCUUAGCCCGAGACAAAUGGUCUUCCUUGAGCUUGUACAGACUGAAACCAAUUACGUGGAAAUAUUGCACACUAUUGUAAAUCUCUUCAAAGAACCCCUGGAAAGCAAGGAGGGUGAAUCUGCUGGUUUGCUGAACGCAACCGAACUGAAGAUCAUUUUUGGCAAUCUACCUCCCAUUUAUGAAGUUCAUAAGGAAAUGUUAGCCGAUUUGCAGGAGGCUGCACUCAAUUGGAGAGACGACACUACCAGAGUUGGUGCUAUCGUCUUGAAAUGUAAAGAUGCCAUUUUGAAGGCAUAUCCACCAUUCAUCAAUUUCUUUGAAGACACAAAGAAAAUGCUUGUCUCUUGUGAUGAGAGCAACCCUAGAUUCCACGCUUUCCUCAAGAUCAGAUAUUCAAGACCAGAGUGUGGACGCCAAAGUCUCAACGAACUCCUUAUCCGUCCAGUGCAGAGACUUCCUAGCAUGAGCCUUUUGCUGAAUGACUUGGCUAAGCAAACUCCAAAGAGCAAUCCUGACCAUGAGCUUCUUCUGUGCGCUUUGGCUGAAGUGAAAAGAGUGAUGAAUUUGAUCAACGAAGACAAAAGAAAGACCGAGGGACAAGUUGCCUUAUUUGACAUCUUCAAUGAGAUCGAAAAUUGCCCGGCUGACAUUGUUGCAUCUCACCGCACAUUUGUCCAACGAUGUGAUGUUAAUGAAAUCAGCAACGAACUCAGUGGCCGAGGAGAACAUCUGACUCUCAUCCUAUUCUCAGACAUGUUAGAGAUUUGCAAACGAAAGACAAAAACCUUCAGCUCUCUGCGCAGCCCAAGCGUGACCAGCCUGCAUUCCGGCAAAUUUGCUCACUUUAAGCCAUACAAACACAUCAUGCAGCUGCCCCUGUCCACCAUCAAGAGAGUUAUAGACUAUAAGGAAACAGAAGGGACUCGAAAUGUAUUUGCUCUGAGAUGUCGCAGCAAUCAGGAAUUCAAAGAACGUGAAUAUCUGUUUGCCUGGACCAACGAAGAAGUCAACAAGACGAAUUUCUUGAAAACCCUGUGUCGCCAAUUGGCUAACACGGUCUGUAGGACUGAUGCUGAUUCCUUUUUGGCUAUGCUUGACCCUGCACAACUGGACAUUGAGUUUGCUGAUGCUGGUAGUAUGGGGACUCUUUCGAAAGCUUUCAAAUUUGCCUCUAAGACCAGGAAGAAAGUUGGUCGAGCAUUUAGUUUCAAUCGGACUCCCAGCAAGCUGAAGAGGGCGGUCUCGACAGUCAUGAGUCCAUUUGGAAGCAGCCUGGGAAACGCAACACCGUGCUCUCAACUUGAGCACAUGCGUCUGGCCAGUUGCACCAGUUUGGCAAGCGUCACAAGUUUGGCGGAAUUGGGGUCUCCUCGUCCAAUUGCGGAAGCCCUAGAACCACCAAUGUCAGUCCAGCCUGUGAGAAAGAACAAGAAUCCAGGUGGACUAUCCAGGUUUUAGAAAAAGCCACCACUGUAUUUCACAGGUCAACCGUACAAAGGUGCUGUGCGCUGGAAAAAUGAGACCUGCCUCUCUCAAAUAUAGCCAAUUACUCGAGACUCCCUUUCAUAUUGAAUGGAUUUCUCAAUUAUUAUUUUCUCUUCUAUUUCUGAUUGCUCUUUUUCUGUUGAUUUGCUUUGAUCCAAAAGAUUAGCAAAGUUUAUUCUCUUUCAAGUAGUUACAUAUUUUGGAAGCCAAUUUUUCAAGUGCCAAAAAGCAACAACCGCCUUUUGAAAGUGCUUUUAAUGACAGCUGUCGAUGUUUUUUCAUGCAGCUGAUGCAUUUUUGCAACUUUGCCUUGGAAUCUCUCCACCUUUCUCCUCUAUCAUGUUAUUUGGAUAACAGCAAGUGUUCCACAAUGGCCUAUUAAUUUUGUUUAUUUUUGGCCAGUGCAGAUUGCGUGGCUUUUAUUGUAAAAUUUUCUUGUCAUUUAAUGAUAAAAAUCGUUUUUUAGUUUAAGUGAACCAAAAAAGAUGGUUAGCUAUAAAGUUCGUUGUAAAAAUAAGCCCUUCAUUAUACACUAAUUUAUGGCUUAGUGCAAAUCAUUAUUAUACUUCCUCACAUGUUUAUAAAGGACAAGUGCAGCUUUAAAUUAGGCAAAAGACUUCAAUUGAUCAAUGAGACGAGAGAGUAGUAUAAAUAAAUACAAAGCUAUAUUUUCUCUACAAAAUAAAAUUUUAGAGUAUUUUGCUUCGUACAUGUGAUGUUGCAUGACAUGAAGUACGUACAAUAAAUGAUUGGUAAUAAAAGCAAAAUUGCUCCAAAAUAAAUAAUUUUCUG